AUGAAAAUUGAUUGCGUAAGAAAAACAAUAUCGUCCAUUUUUCGCAAAUUAGGAAGAAUCAUCGGUCUUCAUCCCUACUACUUUAUCCUUUUACCUGUUUUAAUAACAUCAACAUUUUCAGCUUUCGUCUUUAACAUAAACACCUCCGAAAACGUCACUAAAUUGUCAUUCGCAGAUUCAGGAAUAGUCUUUAAUACUAAGAAGUUUAUUGACAAAACAUUUCCUUUUAAUUCAUCCAUAUUGCUUGACCCGACAACCUUUACGACUAUUCCGAAAUGCGUGUUUGUGGUGUUUACAAAGAAAGAUGGCGGAAACAUGCUACAAAGAGAUGUGCUGCUAGAAAUUAGUCGGGUGGAUAAAUUAAUUAAGAAUAUAACAAUUAAUGACGCUGAAAAAGAAAUUGGAUAUUCGGAUCUCUGUGGACGUGUGAACCAAAAAUGCUUUGAAAAUCCCAUCAUAGAAAUCUUACCAGAAAUUGAUAAUAUAGUGCAGAAGAAGAAGCGAUUGAAGUAUCCAUUUGAUAUUGAUCCGUUGACAUACUCUUAUAAAAUUUAUUCUAUCAACUUCGGAGAUGUCAUCGAAGAUGAGGAUGAUGUUGUUCAAACAGUAAGUGCUAUGAGAUUAAUGUAUUUUACGGACGAAAGCGACGAAAAUAAACUUCAUCUCAUAGAUAAAUGGCGAGCGGCGGUUUACAAUCGUAUAAGAAAUCAUCGUUUUAAACACCUUCUGUAUUUUAUCGAUUAUUACUGGUUGCUUGAGGAGCGAAAUCUGCAGUUGGUUGAAAAUGUAAAACCCAUGAUCGGUGCACUGGUUGGAUUUAUUUCUGUGUUCACUAUUGUAACGUACAUGAGCAAUAAUUGGGCCAAAAGCAAACCAGUUCUUGGCGUGGCGAGUGUGGUAUCGGCUGGACUGGCCGUGGUUACGUCUUUCGGUUUAAUGUCUGUUCUAGGUACAGAAAAUUCUAUUUGGAACAUCACAAUUCCUUUUUUGGUUCUGGUAACCGAAAUAGACGAUGCUUUCGUAUUGUUGGCGUGUUGGAGAACAUCGAACCCCAAGCAUAAAGUACCGAAACGCAUGGAAGAAACGUUUGCCGAAGCCGGAGUUUCUAUAACAUUAACGUCGUUGACUAAUUUGUUUUCCUAUUGUAUAGGAAUGAUGGCAUCUAUUCCUCUUGUGACAUUUUUUGGUGGAUGCAUGGCGUUAUCGGGAUACAAAGAAGAGAAACAACAAUCUCUUCCUAUUAAUUUCGGUAAGCACAUUCACUUUAUUUUUGUCUUGAAUGCUGUCAGUUAG